GCGUAUUUUAUUAUCUGGCUGACCAAGCGACGACGCCGUGUGCUUAAAACCUUAUGCGCAUUUCUACAUUUUACUACGAUAUAUUCGCUUGUUUUUUGUUGAUUUUUCUGCCGCUAUCGUUCUUCAUCAAUUCUUCUCGUUUCUACACCUAUUUCGGAUUGUUGUUUGCGCUUUGCUGGUUGUAAACUGUUGUGCAAAUUGAUCAGUUGCUUUUCUUCAGAAUUAAUCAUGAAAUCCGCGACAGAAAGUGGUGACGGUGGAGCCGGGCAGGUUUUGGUUGAAGAGAAAAGAUUUGCAAGGAUACUAACAUUGAACAGGCCCCGGCAAUUGAAUGCUCUUUCAUUUCAAAUGAUUACAGAACUGCUGAAGCAUUUCACAGCUAAUGAGGAGGAUCCAAAAGUAAAGUUGUUGAUUUUGAAGGGAAAAGGCAGAGCAUUUUGUGCGGGUGGAGAUGUUGCAGAAGUUGCGCAUUCUAUUAAUGAAGGUCACUGGACUAAUGGUGCAAAUUUUUUCUGGAAUGAGUUUAGAUUGAAUUACCUAAUUGCAACUUACAGCAAACCUCAGGUUUCUCUUCUCAACGGGAUUGUGAUGGGAGGCGGGGCUGGUGUUUCCAUACAUGGUAGAUUUCGGAUCGCUACUGACAAAACAGUUUUUGCAAUGCCAGAAACAGCUUUGGGAUUGUUCCCAGACAUAGGUUCUUCAUAUUUUUUAUCAAGGCUUCCUGGAUUUUUUGGGGAAUAUGUUGGUCUAACAGGGGCGAGGUUGAAUGGAGCUGAAAUGCUUGCCUGUGGCCUUGCAACACAUUUUGUGCCUUCUGGGAGAUUGACGGCCCUGGAAGAAUCGCUGACUAAAGUGGGCUCCUCUGAUCCCUUCGCUGUUUGUGCUGUUAUAGACAAGUACUCAGAGCAAUUUCCUUUGAAAGAGACUAGUGCUUUUAACAGAUUGGAUGUUAUUGACAAGUGCUUUUCAAAGAAUUCUGUUGAAGAAAUUCUGUCAGCCCUUGAGCAGGAGGCUGUAAAUAACACUGAGUGGAUUCUGGCCGCAGUUCAGUCUUUAAAGAAAGCUUCUCCUUUGAGUCUAAAGAUCUCUCUUCGAUCGAUCAGAGAAGGGCGCCUACAAAGCAUAGGUCAAUGCCUUACUAAGGAUUAUAGAAUCUGUUGUCACAUUCUGCGCAAAGAGGCAAGCAAGGAUUUCUUCGAGGGUUGCAGGGCUUUGCUUGUGGAUAAAGACAAAAACCCAAAGUGGGAACCUUCGAGAUUGGAGUUAAUAGAUGAUGCGAUGGUUGAUCGGUAUUUCUCCAAGGUGGACGACCAAGGAUGGGAAGACCUGAAACUUCCAACUAGACAAGGCCCUGGUAUCAAGCUUGGAUCAAAGCUCUAAAGAAACACGUAAUUCGCACUUCCGCAAUAUGGAAUGUCAAGAUUAUGAGAAAUUAUUUUGUGAGGAGUUCGGAUGGGGAGAACCGUCCGUAUUUGUUAAGUAUUUGUAAAUACUCAGCAAAUACUUAGUAAUAAUCAAUAUUGACAAGUUUUUUAUGAGUAUUUUGUAAGUAUUUGUUGAGCAAAUCCGGACAGUUCUACCCGUAUGGACUCCGCACGUAAUAAUUUUCCUGAGAUUACAGUUAAAAUAUUUAAGUGGUAAUUUGUUUUUUGCCAUUGUAAUAAGGCAAUAGCUUCCUUUCUUUCUUUGUUCAAAUUUGCUGUAACAUUUUCGAUGUUAAACACAUUAUUAGAAGAAAGUAAUGUACUCUAUCAAAUGUUACAGGAUUUCCAUAGAUCAGACGUAUGGUUUGUUGGUGAA